ACUGUUUCACUCCAGGCGAAAUCAUAAACCUUUGCUAAAAUGUCCAGCCAGGUAAUCACAGCUGACAAUGCUGAAGUUGUCAUCCAAAUAAAUCCACAGGUGGCUCAAGACAGUGCUGAAGAACAAGAUAAGGGUGGAACUUAUCCAAAUUUAGCCAUCCGUGUAUUUCUUAAAGUACAACCAAAGUCAUUGGGGAUUGUGCAGAUUAUGAUUGGAGUGGUGACCUUCUUGGUUGGUAUUGUGCUCACCAUGACAAUCCACUAUUUCAGGAUAAUUGUCAUCACUGGUAUAACUUACUGGGGAUCACUCAUUUACAUUACUGCUGGUUCUCUAUCUGUUGCUGCUGAAAAUAAACUAAAUCCCCGUCUGGUGAAAGCCUCACAUGGAAUAAAUGUCGCCAGUGCAGUAACGGCAGGGAUAGCCAUUAUUCUGACGUCCGUACAACUUUAUGCUAUUCGCUUUAACAGACUUGAGGUUUUACGUGGUGGGAUCGUUGCAAUAUUGCUGGUGUUUUCCAUCCUUCAGUUCAUCAUUUCCAUCUGCAUCUCGACUUUCGCUGACAAAAUCACGAAUGAUAGAAACCCUGUUGGCAUGAAAAAUUCAAUAGCAAUGUUAAGAAUUUUGCAUGCGAUGAUCAAUUAAAUGUUUGUGUUCAAUAGGAGAAGUCAUAUACAUCUGAGAUGGUAUGGGGGUAAAUAAAUUAUGAGAGAAUUUUUAUUUUCCAGUGAACAUUUUUUUAAUGUUACCUCAAAGUAUCUGUAAUAUAGCAAAAAUACAAUCAUAUACAAAACGACAUCAGUAGUAAUACAGCAAAGAUGUAAUGUUCAGACUAUACCUUAAUAUUAUUGAAAACCUAAUUAAACAUCAUAUAUGAUUUCUUAUAAGGAGUUAAAGGUUUUGUUUAGUAGUUAUAAUAUUUUGUAUUUUUCAUUUUUUGACCACAGUUUUAAAUGAACUGGAGUUAUAUAACCUGGACAUGUUUAUUUUGUAUAGCCAACAAUUUA